CUCCCCGCUCUUCCCACCACCAUCGCGCUUUCGCGUUCGCGUCGCUCCCCCUCCCCAGCUCACGCUAAACGCUUCGCUCUCAACAUGGCCGGUGGUCCAGCAUCCUCCGGCGGCGGCAUUGGCCCUGCCUCCGCCCCCAAGAGCAGACUCUCGGGCAUCCUCAUGACUGCCUUCGCCGCCUUCGGUGGUAUCCUCUACGGCUACGACACCGGCACCAUCUCCGGUAUCAUCGCCAUGGACGACUGGCUCGCGACAUUCGGUAACGAGUUCCAAGGGGACAAGACCGCCAUCAACCCCGAGGGUAGGUCCCAGUCCACCGGAAACGAGUCCCUCGUCGUAUCCAUCCUCUCCGCCGGUACCUUCUUCGGCGCUCUCGGCGGUGCCCCCGUCGCGGACAUCCUCGGUCGCCGCAUCGGCCUCAUCCUCUCAUGCGUCGUCUUCGCCCUCGGUAUCGCCCUCCAGACCGGCUCCUCCAACUGGGCCACCUUCAUCGUCGGCCGUUUCUUCGCCGGCUUCGGUGUCGGCCUCGUCUCCACCCUCGUCCCCAUGUACCAGUCCGAGUGCGCCCCCAAAUGGAUCCGCGGCGCCAUCGUCUCCGGAUACCAGUGGGCGAUCACCAUCGGCCUUCUUCUCGCGUCCGUGAUCAACAACGCCACGAAGGGCCGUGCAGACCACUCUGCUUGGCGCAUUCCGAUCUCCAUUCAGUUUAUCUGGGCGUUCAUCCUCUUUGUCGGCAUGUUCUGGCUUCCCGAGACCCCGCGUUGGCUCAUCAAGAACGACCGCAUCGACGAUGCUGCGAGAUCGCUGUCGCGCCUCACCUCCCUACCGCCCGAUGACCCGGAGCUCCUCGCCGAAAUCGAGGACAUCCGCGCGGCCCUUCGUGAGGAGCAGGAGCGCGGCGAGAGCUCCUACCUCGACUGCUUCAAGUUCAACAAGAGCAAGAUCGCCUUCCGCACCCUCUCCGGCAUCUUCAUCCAGGCGUGGCAGCAGCUCACCGGGAUCAACUUCAUCUUCUACUUCGGCACGACGUUCUUCAAGAACGCGGGCAUCGCGAACCCGUUCCUCACGUCCGUCGCGACGAACAUCGUGAACGUCUUCAUGACGCUCCCCGGCAUGUGGGGCGUCGAGCGCUUCGGGCGCCGCUCGCUGCUGCUCUGGGGCGCGGUCGUGAUGUGCGUGUGCGAGUACCUCGUCGCGAUCAUCGGCGUCACGAUCUCGACGAACAACAAGUCCGGCCAGAACGCGCUCAUCGCGCUCGUGUGCAUCUACAUCGCCGCGUUCGCGUCGACCUGGGGCCCCAUCGCGUGGGUCAUCGUCGGCGAGAUCUUCCCGCUCAACGUCCGCGCCAAGGCCAUGUCGCUCUCCGUCGCGUCCAACUGGCUGUGGAACUGGGCGAUCUCGUACGCGACGCCGUACCUCGUGAACACGGGCGCGGGGAACGCGGGGCUCGGCGUGAAGGUGUUCUUCAUCUGGGGCUCGACGUGCGCGGGCUGCAUCCUCUUCACGUUCUUCUGCAUCCCGGAGACGAAGGGCCUCUCGCUCGAGCAGGUCGACCUGCUCUACCAGAACUCGACCCCGAUCACGAGCGCGCGCUACCGCCGCGAGCUCAUUGCGCGCGACGUGCAUGUGUCGGACGAGGUCGGCAAGGGCGCGAGCGUGCACCACGAGGUCGACGAGAAGGAGCAGGUGUAGACGUGUAGGGGUUUGGGACACAGAGACACGAUGGGGUGUUUGGGACAUGAUAUGAUACUGUGAUGACUGUGAUGUCGCUGGGUUUUGAUGUUUUCGUGUGCUGUUAGUUCUCGACCGUACAUGGGUCGGUUGUAAUGCUAAUGAUCUCUCGGACUGGUAUGCGUCGUCCGUGUGUGUGCCGCACGGAUGAGCAGAUGUACGAGGGGAGACGACUCCCGGUUCACUACCAGGUCUCUCAACGUUGUUGCUAGCUUGCCG